UAAUUAAGGGUAAAAAAGAUUAAUCUACCGUUCAUUAAGAAACUCAAAUUAAAAACUUCUAAAGAUAGUAAUAACAAAAUAUAGUCUAGAAAAGAAAACAAUGUUGGAUUAGGUAGUAAUUUUCAUUUUUCAAAAGUGGAUUUAUAAAAAUAAACAUAGUCGAUUAACCUAAGCCCAGCCUAGUCGAAACCUGUGGGAGGCUUGAUUUUUCGCUAACUUUGUUUGUUUAAUUCAGUCAUGGUUUUGACGUUUAUUUGAUUGUUUUUUUAACUAUACUUUACAGAUAUGUAAAAAAAUGACGAAUAUUAAACAGGCCUUUUAGUGUUGGUACCAAAACUACCAAUACACGGUGGAAUUUGGUCCUCAGUUUUUAUACAGACAGGUGUUCAAACCAAAUUGUAGUAUUGGCAACGUCACAGCAAUAACAAACAUCACAAAAAAAAAAAAAAAAUUAGAUGUCGUAGUCCCUAUGCAUAUUUUUUUCAUAAACUGAUCAAUCUGGGAAAUGUUAAAAGAAAAAAUCAAAGUAAUAUUUUUUUUAAUGACUCAGCUCAUCCGAGCCCUAGAGAUCCGACUAAUCCCUGAGAUCAGGAACAAGAACCGGUUCCUUAAUCCUUCAUCCCCUCCAAUCCCCUCCAAACGCUGUUCAAACCCAUGGAACUGAGCUUCCACAGAAUCACUGUGCCAAAACCACAUUGGUAAAAAAACAAAAUAAUUCCAACUCAACAUUUUAACAUGGUGUUGAAUUUCAACCAAAAGGAAACGUAAUGUUCAAAAACGUAGCUCUGAUUCCAGUUAAAUUCAUCUAUACGAUAGUCGAAUCAAGGCCAAGUACUGAUCAUAAUGAAUUUGAUUAUUUCUUACGUGUGUAGAACAAGGAAUCUAAUCUGUUUCACAUUGAUGUAAACACUUAAAAUGGUAAUGUACGUAGUUUCAGAAAAUGCGAUUUCAGCAACAAAACUUUACUGGGUUCGGAUUCUCUAUCGGCUGUAUACUUUUUAGUGUAAAGAACCACAUUCAAAUUCUAUCUGAUAUAUAUACUCUCUGUUUUUCGAAACACAAUCUGAUGUAUACUUAUACAUGCAAUUUGAAGAUGCUAGUUUCAUUCUGCUAAAAUCAAAAUGCUAAUUUCAUUAUUUGAUUUCUCCCCACACUUUUAUUUUAUUUUUUUCCUACCAUGUAAUAUAUCUUGCAUGUGAAACAAAAACAGAAAGCUUUUAAUUAAACUUAUGACUUCGAAUAGUAACACAUGAAUUUGCAUACCGCAGUUAACCAUAACAAAAAUUUAUAUAUAUAUUUAUAUAUUUUUGUUAUUAUUAAAACCGAACCACAAUUAUUAUGUAAAAAAGAUGAAAAAAUUAAAAGACGCAAAUAAGUAUGGUUAACCUAUUCGGGAUCUUUGGAUCUAUGCUUAUUUUCAACUCCUGAAUUUGUCGCUUACUAGGCCCUUCCUCGCCUCUGGAUUGUUUGUUUGCUGCCCAAAAAAUAAGAAAAAUAAUAUGUUUGCUUAUAUUCCACACGUAAACAAAUUUAUUUUCCUUGAUGUCGACAAAAUACAUACUUUUAUUUUAUCUUUCACGUUGCCAUCAAUUAUACUUUAUACUUGUACGUUAUCAUAAAUAUUAUUUUUUACACCGUAAAUCUGAUGCUGAAAAAAACAUGAGAUAUGUACUAAUUAAUUGUUAAGACAUGUCAAAUAUAAUUUUCUUACCAUUUAAAAUGUUUAGGAUUUACCAAUUAAAAUAUGAUAGUAGAAAUCUCUAAAUCACUAAAUGGUUUAUUAAGUUUCUUUUAACGGUCAACUGUUAUUAUUUUAUUUAAUUAUAAUACUCAUGCAGUUUUUGAAAGCAAUGAUUCGUUGGUCUGUGAUAUUAUAAUAUUAAUGAAAAGUCAUCGGUAGGAGAAAAGUUACAAAGGAGCCCAUAAACGAAGACCAUAGAUGCUUCCUCUCACGUCGCAAAACGAAACAAAACGAACCAUUCUCUUCCACUAUAUAAACCAUUUGUUUAUCGUCUUCUCAUUCCACACAUUCUUCAACUACAAACAUAAACAUUACAAACCCAUAUAUAAUUCAAAGUUUGCAUAGACAAUUUGAGUGAACUGAAAGAAGAUGGUUUUGUCUAAGACAGCUUCUGAAACUGAUGCUUCAAUCCAUUCAACUUUUGCUUCUCGUUACGUCCGCAUCUCUCUCCCACGAUUCGAGAUGCCUGAGAACUCUAUCCCUAAGGAAGCAGCGUAUCAGAUCAUCAACGAUGAGCUAAUGCUCGACGGUAACCCUAGGCUAAACCUAGCCUCUUUCGUAACCACGUGGAUGGAGCCAGAGUGUGACAAGCUCAUGAUGGAAUCCAUCAACAAGAACUACGUUGACAUGGAAGAGUACCCUGUCACCACCGAGCUUCAGAACCGAUGCGUCAACAUGAUUGCGCGUCUCUUUAACGCUCCGCUCGAUGACGGCGAGGCAGCGGUUGGUGUCGGCACCGUGGGAUCGUCGGAGGCGAUUAUGUUAGCCGGGUUGGCUUUUAAGAGACAGUGGCAGAACAAGCGUAAGGCCCAAGGGCUUCCUUAUGACAAGCCCAAUAUCGUAACCGGAGCUAAUGUUCAGGUUUGCUGGGAGAAAUUCGCAAGGUAUUUCGAAGUGGAACUUAAGGAAGUGAAGCUAAGAGAAGGAUACUACGUGAUGGACCCUGAAAAGGCAGUCGAAAUGGUAGACGAGAACACCAUUUGUGUAGCAGCCAUUCUAGGUUCGACGCUAACCGGAGAGUUCGAGGACGUUAAGCUCCUCAACGACCUCCUAGUCGAGAAAAACAAGCUAACCGGAUGGAAUACGGGGAUUCACGUGGAUGCAGCGAGUGGUGGGUUUAUUGCACCGUUCUUGUAUCCGGAGCUGGAGUGGGACUUUCGGUUACCAUUGGUUAAGAGCAUAAAUGUGAGUGGUCACAAAUACGGUUUGGUUUAUGCCGGAAUCGGUUGGGUUGUGUGGAGAACCAAAUCUGAUCUGCCGGAAGAACUUAUCUUCCACAUCAAUUAUCUUGGCGCUGAUCAACCCACCUUCACUCUCAACUUCUCCAAAGGUUCGAGUCAAGUGAUUGCUCAGUACUACCAGCUGAUUCGUCUUGGAUUCGAGGGAUAUCGUAACGUGAUGGAUAAUUGCCGCGAAAACAUGAUGGUCCUAAGAGAAGGAUUAGAGAAAACUGGACGUUUCAACAUUGUCUCCAAAGAAAACGGUGUUCCUUUAGUGGCGUUUUCUCUAAAAGACAAUAGCCGCCACGACGAGUUCGAAGUGGCCGAAACUCUCCGCCGCUUCGGGUGGAUCGUUCCGGCCUACACGAUGCCCGCGGAUGCAGAACACGUCACCGUCCUCCGAGUGGUGAUUCGAGAAGAUUUCUCUCGAACCUUAGCCGAGAGAUUGGUCGCAGACUUUGAGAAGGUUCUUCGCGAGCUCGAUACACUUCCGGCGAAGGUUCACGCCAAGAUGGCUAAUGGAAAAGCUAAAGGUGUUAAGAAGACGGAGGAGGAGACGACGAGGGAAGUUACGGCAUAUUGGAAGAAGUUUGUGGAGACAAAGAAGACUAACAAGAACAAGAUUUGCUAAUAAAGUUUAAUGAGUUAAUAUAUUUUGUUGUUUUUAUCUCUAAUUAAGCUACCGUUGAAACCCUUUUCUUUCAUGCUGCUCUGAUUAUUUUUGGUUUCAAAUCUAUACUAUUAAAACAGAAUCUCUACUAGGAUUAUGCCCUUAAUUUCUCAAUUUAUUUAAAUUGCUAUGCCAUUGUCAUUUUUAUUAUUUUAAAUAAAUUCGGCCAGAAUAUAUAUCCAGUCAUAAACAAUCAAAUUGCACUACCUUAAAACCAAGUUGCCAACAAUCCAAAUCUUUUACGUUUUGAAAAAAAAAAUCAAAAUAUUCCCUCCCCUUUUGUAGGAAAGGAGUAUCUCAUCAAUUAAUAUUACCCAAAGAUAUGGAAAGCUAUAAUAAAAUAGGACUUAAACAUGAUAUACAUUGUUUCCAAUAUAUCUACCCGAGUAGUAUUUGAUGCAAAAUAGAAAAAUAUUCCUAAAGAAUAUCUAACCUAAACUAUUGACUUGCAUCUUUUUCCGUUUGGGUCAAAAUAUUAGGUAGGUUUUUUGUUUAAGACUUAAAAAAAUUGUUUUUAAAGAGAAAAAAUAUUUCGGUUGUCAUUUAAAUAUAAAUAGAAAUAUAAAAAAAUGAAGAGAAGAACUAUAUGAAUAUUUUCUCAGAAAAUAAUAGUUAGUUCAAUUUAUCAUUUAAAUUUUUUUAAGCAUUAUAAAAAAAAAUAAUUAAAA